AUGGCCAGGCGCUUGCAACAGGCGACAGAAGACGCACUUCAAACCGGGGGCCGCGCCGGCCGCCGCGCGAUCGAAGAAGCAGGCUUCAGCGAGGAGCUCAAGGCCAAAUUGCUAGACAAAGUCGCCGGGGCGAAGUUUGAGCAGGAGAACUCGGCCGCGUUGUUACAGGCCGGCAUCACCUCGCGCAUUCCCGAUUCUGCCGGGCUCGGCACACGGACCAUAGCCUCGGCGCAGCCGUGGACGGGAGAAGAAUCGACCGAGGAUGCGGUCUUGAGGAUGCUGGAGGAUGCGCAUAAGCCCCUUGCGCCGGGCCUGAGAGGAAAGAGUAAACCGCCAAUGCCGGGGCCGGUAGAUAUGCGGUUCCGGAGGGAGGUUAGCGUAAGCCCUGGGAAGAGGGCGUCGAGCGCUCGGGACAGGGCGCAGGCAUAUGCGGGGAUGGGGAUGAAUGACAAGGGCUUGAGCGAAGAGGAGAGAGAGGCCAUGAAAAGGGAGUUCCGGGAGCGGUUUACGCCAGUGGCGCGAGCGGUGCCGAAUUCUAUUUCGGCGCUGGCGGCGUUAGCGAAUGAAAGGAUAGAAGACGCCAUUGCGAGAGGGCAAUUCAAGAAUAUCCCUCGUGGGAAAGGGAUUGAAAGGGACACGAGGGCUGAUAACCCUUUCAUUGACACUACCGAAUACAUCAUGAACAAGAUGAUCAAACGCCAAGAUAUCGUCCCGCCAUGGAUCGAAAAGCAGCAAGAGCUUAUCAAGGCCGCCGAGAAUUUCCGCUCCCGUUUGCGGAACGAUUGGAAGCGCCACGCAGCCCGCAUGAUUGCCAGCCGCGGCGGGACCCUCGAACAGCAGAUCGCUCGCGCAACCGCCUACGCUCGCGCCGAAGAAGUCCACAACCCGCGCCGCACGCGCAACCCCGAGCAGAUCUCUGUGCCGACCAACUCCACCGAGGACGCCGUCAUAUUGCAGCUCAACGCCACCACCUCGCCUACCCCGACUCCUUCUGCGUUCUCCUCUUUCACUGGCGACCAGCCCACCGCUACCGAGCCCGACGCAACAAUUACCCGCCCGUUCCGCGACCCGGCAUGGGAAACAGCCGAGAAGUCCUACAUGACCCUCGCCAUCUCGAAUCUCAACAACCUCACCCGCUCCUACAAUCUGAUGGCGCCCGAGCUGGCCAAGAAGCCCUAUUUUUCGCUCGAGCGCGAGCUCAAGAACUGUUUUGCAGACGUUGCGCCGCAACUGGCAGAGGAGAUCCGCCUGCGCGCGACCAAGCCUGCGAAGUCCCUCGUGAACAGCCCUUUUGGCGGGAGUGCAGGUGGGCAGCUCGGGAAGGGCUUGGGGGGACUGCUUAGCGGGUCAAGUGGUGUCAGGGUGGUGGAGAGCCCGGAGAAGCAUUACGGGCUGAAGGAGUUCUGGAGGGAUUUGUGGAGGAAGAAGGCUUAG